AGUGGACUUGUUUUUGUGGAAGCCCCCCUUUCUUGUUGGUUGAUGUUUCAAUUCAAUCCCCGAUCGAGGGAGAAAUUCUCUCGUAGACCAUGGAGAGAAGGCAGAAGAACCAGCAGCAGCAAAACCCUCGUCGCAACCCAUUGUCUUCUUCUUCUUCGUCUUCUUCAAGCCACUCAUCCAACCGCAAGUCGCGCUAUCGACCUCCUAACAGGGCUAGUGGCGAUGCUCGAGCGCGUCAUCGGGAAGAUUCGGGCCUCGAUUCCGGAGACGCGACGACCUGGGACGAGCCUCGAAGUCUCGCGAGAUCGAUCGAUGAGCGUGCCUCUGCGGCCGGCACUAGAAGCUCAAUGGGCAUUCGGGAGCAGCAAGAACAGCACCAGCAUCAUCAAGAUGGAGAGAAUGCGCGAGACUCUCGUGAAUUCGCGUCCGCGGUUGGGACUUGCCCUUACAUGUGCCCUGGUAUGGGGGAGAUGGCCCAGCGUGAACGGUUACGCGAUUUAGCUGUGUUUGAGAGGUUGCAUGGUAAUCCGGCUAAAACAUCUCCCGAACUUGCUGUCAAAAAGUUUUGCAGAACAAUAUCCACGAGGCAUGUGCAGUUAUCGGAUAUUCGACCUCUCUCAGUGCUGGGAAGCACUCUAGACUACCUUAUGAACUUGAUGAAUUCUACACCAGAGCCUUUUGAAACAGUUCAUGACUUCAUAUUUGACAGAACACGUUCCAUAAGACAAGACCUGAGCAUGCAGGAUAUUCUUGACAAGAGAGCGAUUCAUAUGUAUGAGAAAAUGGUUAAUUUUCAUGUCAUUUCUCACCACAAGCUUAGACUCAGUAGCAGUGGACCCAACAGUUUCAAUAUCUCUUCAUUGCAUCACCUCAAUAUGGAGCAGCUAGCAAAGGUGUUGACAUCUUUAUACAAUCUUUAUGAUCUGAAUCGAGAUCAUAACUCUAUGCACAAGAACGAACCAGAGUAUCGCUCACUUUAUGUGCUGCUUUGUCUAAAUUCCGAAAGCCUUCCAGAGGGUGAGAGACUUUCUCUGUGGUUCCGUCGUGUGCCUACACCUGUUAUCAAGUCUAAAGAAAUGACUUUUGCCAGAAGAAUUUUGAGAUACUUCAGGACGGACAAUUAUAAGUGCUUCUUUAGUACCAUAGCAGCUGAGGCCUCCUAUCUACAGUAUUGUGCCCUCGAACCUUAUAUAGAUAAGGUUCGAGCUCUGGCUGUUUUACUCAUUAAUAAUGGUGGCUACAAGCUUCAUCCAUACCCCAUAGCGCAUCUGUCUAAUCUCCUGAUGAUGGAGGAAUCAGAGGUGGAGUCAUUCUGCAUCGCAUGUGGCCUUGAGACCUCCUUGGACGAGCAGGGAAAUAAGGUUUUACCCACCAAACAGCCGGCCUUCAAUCAUCCAAAGGCAGGACAUGGGAAGUAUGGCUUUUCAGGUUUCGAAAAUAUUUGCAGGGGGAGAGAAGCUGAAGAGAAAGUCUGAACAUUGAUCAUUCAUCUAGGGCGAACUCGCUCUUUCAGGACUCUCUAAAUUGCUGGCAAGACAAAUUCAAAAGCGUGGGAUCUUCUAUGACCAUUUGAUAUCUUCAGCCUUCAGGUGACAAAGAUCCAGCCUGAGAGGCAAAAGUCAGUAUCCAUCUCACCUGUUCUCAUCGCUUGCCAUCCCAAAGAGCUCUUAAAAUUGAUUCAGCUCUAGGGUGUACUCCAGGGUACCCUUUUGGCUGACUGACAAUCCUCAGUUCAUCUCCGAGUCUACUAGAAUAAAGCAAGAAGCUACCUACCUUUCAAAUUGUUGCUGUAACUAUAGGCACUUUAGAAAAAUGGUUUGAUCUGAAUCUUCGAUAUGUUUGUGUCACAUCUGUCAGCUGUACGUUUGUGAAGUACAUGACUGCCCCAAGAGUUCGACUUUAUGUAUCUCCGUACUGUGCUAAUAACGGAUUAGUCUUCCUUGUCUUGGUUA